AUGCCAGGAUCCACCUCCGAGACCACCUUGGCUUCUUCGACAACACCUCAGGACCAAAAGACCGUCGGUCCUCUUGAUCCAAGUAAGUGGGUGCGGAACGGUUCACCCUAGUUCUCUCUCCUCGAUCGGCCACGUCCCAGACCGCCACCACCACCACCACGCGCUGACUGUAGGCGCUGCCGAACUUCCCCACUUGCGCGACUCGCUCGUCCACGCACAGCCUCGGACACUGCGUCCAUCUCCGCAGCCACGAACACGUCUACCUUUCCUUCUUCACAAGAAACAGAACCAACACGAACACCUUCAAUCCCCAUCUCCAAGAUGACCAGCACCCCUCCGGAUCUGUCCCAGCCGUUCCCCGUCCCUCCCUCGGUGACCCCGCCCUCCCCCUCUUCGGGGUUCUCAACCUCGCCGCGCCAUCACUUCCGCAUGUGCGACGUACUUGCCUCCCCCGAGUUGCAGUCCGGGCAUUCGCAUUCGAACUCACUCACCAAUGCUGCCGAAUUGUGGUGGAAGUCCAAAGGGGACGGCAAUGGGCUCGAGCGGGUCAACGUUCCCGUAGAGUCGAACCGCUCCGGUUCAAGAUCUUCGGCGACAGCACAAAUGCCCGAGCAAGGUCAGCCAAGCUCUUUCGUGUCUAGCUUUGCGACGUCAAAUUAUACUGACCCCCCAAACCAAUGUUUUGUUUUCGAAAAGCCCGCCCUGCGACACCAAUAGCAGCGAGCAACGAUGUUGUCGUCGUCGUUGGCCAGAACGGCACGAGCGCGGCAUUGCUCCAUAACACGGCUGCAUCACCCAACGACGAGGAAGCCGUAGGCAUGAACAACCUCAGAAGAAGGGGCGGCUCGGGUUCCGAUCUUUCGUGCCAGUCCGUGAACAAUGUGCAGGCCAGCGAGCCAGUUAUAUAG